GCUAUGUGGAGCGCAGGGCCUCAGGCCAGCAAACCCCUGCUGCCUAAGUGCGCUGCUGGCAGGAGGAACAGAGCUUGGCCCGCGCUGGUUUCUGUAGGCAGUGCCUGUGUGACCUUCCAGAACAUCCUUGAUAAAGGGCACUCACUGGCUCUCGGCAGGAGCCUCUGACACCCCAUGUGCAGAGCCAGGAUCCAGGCAGGAGAAGCAGCUGCUCUCCCUGAGACCCCUCUGAGAAUGCAGUCGCGGCAGCCCUGCUCAACCCCGGGAUCCCACCCCAAGGAAUGCACCCAGCAGCGAGGUCAUGAAGACGGGAGUCCACUCCUGUUGGAGGAAGGCGACUGCGCCCAUCAGUCCUCAGGCCUUUGCAGCCCACUCUUGGAGACUGCCAGGGACGUGAAGCAGGCAGAACCAGAGCAGGGGAAGCCAAGUGGGGACGGAGGAGAUGUGAGAGGAGAAUGGACAAGGCUCCUCCCUGCUGGACCUCCAGCCCCCCCCCCAUCUUUGACUCCUCUCAGAUAAGAGCUUGUCUAGCGUCGUCUGGAAAUUUGAUGCCAUCCGCUCGGCUGCUCAGGCAGGUCCUCUCUUGCCCUCAGAAAUCCUUUCUCUGAGAGAACACCCCGCCGCUUCUUCACCUUCUGGGAUAAAGUCUCAUCAGAGGCAGGGAAGGGCUCCUAAGGAGCAGGUGACUUCUGAAUCCGGCAGGAGCUGAACCGGGCCUCACCAUGCAGGUGUCCUUCGUGUGCUCAGAGCACAGCCUGAAGACCCGCGGUCCUGAAGAACGCCUGGGUCGCUCGGCAGCCAGCAGCCCCAGCCCAGGCACCCGUGGACGAUUCCGUGCUGUGGCCAUGGUAGCCCGGAGCCUGGGACAGCUGUCAGUACAGAGCUCCCAAAACAGCAACGACACCAACGUGAAGCAGCCAGGGAUGAAAUAUAGGAACCUGGGCAAAUCCGGCCUCCGGGUCUCCUGCCUGGGGCUUGGAACAUGGGUGACCUUCGGGGGCCAGAUCACCGAUGAGAUGGCAGAGCACCUCAUGACCCUGGCCUAUGACAAUGGCAUCAACCUGUUCGAUACCGCAGAGGUCUACGCUGCUGGCAAGGCUGAAGUGGUAUUAGGAAACAUCAUUAAGAAGAAGGGAUGGAGACGGUCCAGCCUCGUCAUCACCACUAAGAUCUUCUGGGGAGGAAAAGCGGAGACAGAGAGAGGCCUUUCGCGGAAGCACAUAAUUGAAGGACUGAAGGCUUCCCUGGAGCGACUGCAGCUGGACUAUGUGGAUGUGGUUUUCGCCAAUCGCCCAGACCCCAACACGCCCAUGGAAGAGACCGUGCGGGCCAUGACCCACGUCAUCAACCAGGGGAUGGCCAUGUACUGGGGCACAUCACGCUGGAGUUCCAUGGAGAUCAUGGAGGCCUACUCAGUGGCCCGGCAGUUCAACCUGAUCCCGCCCAUCUGUGAGCAGGCUGAGUACCACAUGUUCCAGAGAGAGAAGGUGGAGGUCCAGCUGCCAGAGCUGUUCCACAAGAUUGGAGUGGGUGCCAUGACCUGGUCCCCUCUGGCCUGUGGUAUCGUCUCGGGAAAGUAUGACAGCGGCAUCCCGCCUUACUCCAGAGCCUCCCUGAAGGGCUACCAGUGGUUGAAGGACAAGAUCCUGAGUGAGGAGGGGCGGCGCCAGCAGGCCAAGCUGAAGGAACUGCAGGCCAUCGCCGAGCGUCUAGGCUGCACCCUUCCCCAGCUGGCCAUAGCCUGGUGCCUGAGGAACGAGGGCGUCAGCUCUGUGCUUCUGGGUGCUUCCAAUGCAGAGCAGCUUAUGGAGAACAUUGGCGCAAUACAGGUCCUUCCAAAACUGUCGUCUUCCAUCGUCCACGAGAUCGAUAGCAUUCUGGGCAAUAAACCCUACAGCAAAAAGGACUAUAGAUCCUAAGUCAGCCCCACCACCUGCUCGGACAGUUUCCGGUUCCCUCGUCGUCUCUGUUCGCUCGCUUCUGCUGUUUCAAAGCCAAAUGCAGAGUGUGGUUCGUGUCCAAGGGGAAAACACUAUGCCCGGACGUCACCAGGAAACGACCUCCAAAGUCACCGCCAGAUGCCACCUGCCGCUUCUUCACUGGAUACUGUCUGACGGGUGCCAGGAGAUGGCAUCGAUUAGGGAGGACAUUCAAAGGCUCCCGCCCCAGCCUUCCACCUCUGCUUAUCCUUCAGGAAGGAACAUUUGCCCCCAGCCAUGGCCCUCCAUGGAGAUUCCAGACGUCAUGGCCGAAUGGAGUUCUAAUCCUCAGAACAGGCAGGGCCGGCCUCUCUGCCAAGAACCCCUGCCCCCAGAGAGGGGCCCGCCACUUCCUAGCACCUCUUCAGCAGCCAGAUCCUGGUGGUUAGGGCAGGGCCCCCCUCUUUCCAUGGCCACCGGGCACUCUGUUCAGGGCUGGCCAGGGGUCCCACUCUUCCCAGACCUUGACCUGGCCCACAUGCCCAGUGGGCCUUGGCUAGGGUUGUACCCACCUACCUGGUCCUUGGCCCUUACCCUUACCCUUGCUGGCAGGGGCAAGGAUCCCAGCUGGCUUUCCCAGUGUCUUCCACCCUGCAUACAGCUCCUGAUCCCCACGGCAGGGAAACCCAGCAGCAGGCUUGGAUGGAGCCCUCUGAUGUAUGCCCCUCUGUCCAGAGCUGUAGACAGGUGUGGCAGCUGGCCAUGCGACCGGCAGGUCGCAGCAGACCGGGCCCAUUCUCACAAGACCAUGUUCCUCUCAGACCGCCCUCUGAUACCUCUGCUGUGCCGGGGCCAUGGGCUUGUGACUUGAGCUUUCAGUGAGGGGGGCCUCCCUGGGGUUUCUGCUGCUGCAAACUGGGGGAGGAGUCAGAACUCCAGUAACCAUCCCCAGGUUGUAAGAAAAGAUCCCCAGGGACCACUCCCCAAAAAAGAUGGCCAGGAUUACUCAUUCUCUGCUGCGUCCCGCCAUGCUGGCCCAGGACAGGCUGCGGAGAAGGAGGAAGGGCAGGGUGGGCAACCCCUUAGCGGUAGGAGCUAGGCAGAUGGUGGUACCAGGAAGCCUGCAGGUUUGAGCAGGGCAUGCUGCCUGGAGGCUCAGUCCCCAUGGUCCUAUGAUGCUUUGGGGACAGGACCCAUGUGUGCUCCCUGACUCCCUAGAAGACCCACGCCUCCUGCCCUGGACAGGAAGUGGCCAGUCCCCAGGUAUAGACCUUGGAGGCACAGCACCCGGCUUCUCUUCUGCAGCUGCUAUUGCAGCUCCUCCCUGUUGCUCUUUACCGUCUGUUGCCCAGCCAGAGCUGGGCAGAGGCUAGGGCAGGGUGGGGAGGAUGGAGGAACGAGACAGGCAGGAUGAGCAGCUCCCUCUCUCUCACACACACAACCCCCCUGCACACCCCGGGCUCUCAGACCUUCACCACUGCUCACAGCCCCAAGCCCUGAGACCUCAGAAGCAGCCCUGUGGGUGUGGGGAUGGAGGCCAUAGGCUCUGGCACCUCCAUGCCUGAACUAGAGGAGCCUGCUUCCUGGACAGGGCCCUGCAGCGGCCCAGCAGGAAGAAGCCAGCCCCGUCCACACAGCUGACCUCAGCCCUGCUUGCUAUGUGGACCAGACAUUCAGGGAUGCCCACAGUAGGAGCUGGUGCCGCCUGUGAGCCACACCUCAGAGCUAAGCCCCUGCUGGGUGUGUGCAAGAGACAGGAAGGCAGGCUACAGGGUGAGCCCUAGCUGCAGGUGGCCUCCUGGAUGACAUUUUAACAAAGUGUUUCUGGGAUAUUUUCUUCCUUAUAUUCUUUGGGGGAGUUGGGCAUCACCUGCCUCCAUGGAGGGAUUUGGGUAGGACGGUCUUGGGAGACCGCAGAAGACACAUACAGGCAGCCUAUACAGGGGGAGCUGGCCCCGGGCCCUUGAAGAGUCUAAGGCCAGUUCCUUCCUCCAUGGCCACACACCUCCCUUCCUCUGGCCCCAGGUGCCUGUUGGUCGGCACAGCCAGCCAGGAGGGGGCUGUUUGGGGGAUCUGGCACAUGGAGCCCUGCUACUGCUAUCCCAGACCCAAGGUCCUGAGGCACCGCAGGACACCCGUGUGCCUGCUCUUGUCAAUCAUGUACAUAAAUAAUGUGCUUCCUCCCCCCGUUUUUUAACGAGCGUGGCUCCUUGCUAAUUGCACCCCACCAGGCCGACCGCAAGCGCCUCCAGCUUCCCAACAGACUCAGACCAAGGUGCAGCCCAUAUUUAUGGAAUGACAAAUAAAAUCCGAGCCCUUCGGUC